CAGUUUGAGCAGGACUCCGGAGGAGGCGAUACAAAACACCUGCUGUGCUGCAGCAUGUGUUAACUGUGGCAGUCUUUUUAUGGGCUUAAGUCGUUUUGAUGCUAUAUUUUUAAAUAAGUAGUUUUAUAUAGAGUUUACGGGUAAAGCCGCCAUGACAUGAUGCUCAUUAAAAGCGAACAGUGAGACCUUACACCAGAGUUUUUCGCUUUCACAACUACCCUGGCAGUGCGGGGUGACCCUUCUACACCUCAACAGCGAGUUUCGGCAGCUACCGCACGGUCUUGCGCGCCCUGCUCCCGCCACCGGAGCAGAGAUGCCUCCCGGUGUGGUGACCGCGCCACGGAGCUCCUCCGCCGGCUGCUUCUGCGCCUGCUGCGGGAUGAGACCGUAUUUCACCGAGAACUCCGUGAUCUCUCAGGCGGAAAUUUAUCAGCUUAUCAGUGAAAGCUUCCUGACAGUUAAAGGAGCUGCUCUCUUCUUACCUCGAGGAAAUGGCUCCUCUGCUUCUUCUUCUGCCUCUCGCUUCUCCCAGCUGCGCAGCAAGCAUGCAGGAGACAUCCAGCAGCACCUACAAACCAUGUUCACUCUCCUCAGACCAGAGGACAACAUCAAACUGGCGGUGCGUUUGGAGAGCGCCCACCCUCAGGUCACUCGCUACAUGGUGGUGGUCUCGACCAAUGGUCGUCAGGACACAGAGGAGAGCGUGGUGCUGGGAAUGGAUUUCAGUCCUGUAGACAGCUCGUGUUCUGUAGGGCUCAUUUUGCCCUUAUGGAGCGACACACUGAUACAUCUGGACGGAGAUGGGGGUUUCAGUGUGUCAACUGAUAACAGAGUGCAUGUGUUCAAGCCAGUUUCUGUGCAGGCCAUGUGGUCAGCUCUCCAGUCACUUCAUAAAGCAUGCGAAGUGGCUCGUUGUCACAACUAUUUCCCAGGCAGCUUGUUCCUCACCUGGGUCAGCUACUAUCAGAGCAGGGUCUCCUCCGACCAGGCACGCAUCAAUGAGUGGAACGUCAUGCAGGAUGUGCAGUCACACCGUGCUGACUCACCUGUCCUCUUUUCUGAUGUCCCUACAGAAAGAGAACUGACAGAGCGUCAGAUCAAAACUAGCCUGAGGGAGAUCAUGAUGCAGAAAGACCUUGAGAAUGUCACCUGCAAAGAGAUCCGAACAGAGCUAGAAAUGCACAUGACGUGCAACCUGCGAGAGUUCAAGGAGUUCAUAGACAACGAGAUGAUUAUCAUUCUGGGCCAGAUGGACAGUCCCACUGAGAUCUUUGAUCACGUCUUCUUGGGAUCUGAGUGGAAUGCAUCCAAUCUGGAAGAGUUGCAGAAGAGCGGGGUUCAGUACAUCCUGAAUGUAACCAGGGAGAUUGAUAACUUCUUCCCUGGUGUGUUUGAGUACCACAACAUCCGUGUUUACGAUGAGGAGGCCACUGACCUGCUUGCCUACUGGAAUGACACCUACAAGUUUAUAUCUAGAGCCAAGAAAGCUGGGUCCAAGUGUCUCGUGCACUGUAAAAUGGGUAUAAGUCGCUCCGCAGCCACAGUGAUCGCGUACGCCAUGAAGGAGUAUGGCUGGGAUUUGAGAAAAGCCUUUGAUUAUGUCAAGGAGCGUCGCACUGUGACCAAACCUAACCCUUCUUUUAUGAGACAGCUGGAAGAGUAUCAGGGAAUACUGCUGGCCAGCAGGCAAAGGCACAACAAACUGUGGCGCUCUCACUCUGACAGCGACCUGUCCGAGCACCACGAGCCGCUGUCUAAAUCUCACGCGCAGCCUCACAGCCUGGGUCACUCUGACCCCCACAGCCAGGGUAGCGGCACGCUGGGUCCCUCUGUGAAAGAACUGCUGGAAUCUUUGGCCACUGGGGGCAGUGCUGGCAAAGCAGGAUACUCCAAGAGCCAACCUGACACUUACAUCCAGUCUAGUCAGCUCAGCUCUUCAUCAUUUCAGAGGGUGGCAGCUCUAUCAGAUGAUGCUGAUACUCAGAAUCUGGAGGCUCCUUCUCAUUCUGCUGUAGCCCAGAGCAGCCGCUUGGAUCCCCCUGGCCUUGAAUCUAAAGCUGCCUGUUUGUGUCCGUUAUCUCCUCCUCAUUCCAAUGGAAUAUGUGACUCUGAGGAGCAGCCCUCAUCACCUCUUCUCUCACAGCCAAGGGCUGCCACUGUGGUGCCUGAGCCUCAAAAGACAGACACUGUGAAUGUUGCACAUAGUGUUUUGGUAGACCAGCCUCACCUGCCUCCCUCCCUUCACCAUCUCCCCCUUUCCCCUGCUCCAUCCCCAACUCCAUCUUGCACAGAUGAGGUUAUCAAACCACAGGUGUCAUCCUGCUCUCUGCCUGCAAUUAAACCGAUGUUGGUGUCCGUGUCUGAGCCCACAACAACACAAACACCAAUCACACAACAGGCUGAAUUCCAGUGUCUGUCUGCACCAGUGCCUGUCAGAAAGCCAGAUUGUGACUCAUCUUUGGAAAGCUUAGCAGCCCGUCCUCUCUCCGCUAGUGAUUUUAUCUGCUAUCCCGGUGCCAUGCCACAAAACAGUGAGGUGCUGUUUGGUCACAGUGCAGAUCACAUUAACUUUUUCAGUGCCAGGGAAAAGUUCAAGGAGAUGAGUCAAGAUGGCAAAGCUCACUGUGCUGCAGUGCUGCCGUCGCCCCAGCUGAAGAGUUGUCCCAGGGAACAGCAACCACUGUUUCAGGAGGUCUCCACUAGUGAGGGGAAGGAGGAGGAGGAGGAGAAAAAGAAAAUGCCUGUCCCUGUGCAGGUCACAGGACUGAAGCCUGCAGUGCACAUGGAGACUUCACCUCUUGGCCUUCUUAGCCACCCAGAGACUCAGGGCUUCCAGGACCAGGAAGUGAGGAAGUUGAGGCAGGAAUCGGGGGACAAAAAUGUUGUAUCACAGAAGGAACCUGAGAAUGUAAAAGAGGAAGUGAAAAACAAAGAAGAGGAGGAGAUGGCUUCUGCUCAUCUUCACAGCGAUUGGACGAGGGGGUCAGUGCGGCGUGUCACACAACAGCUGGAGCAGAGAAUGAAACAGGAACAUGAGGUUCCAUCACCUUCCUCAUCUCCCCCAUCCCUCUCUGGUAGCACCUCCUACUCUCAGCGGCGUUCAACCUGCGUCCACUCUGUCACAGUGUCUAAUACCCAGGAUGCAUCAGUUUGCUCACAGGUGUCAGUAGCUGGCACUGUGCAGGAGGAGCAGGGGAAUGCUGAUGUGAAGACUGGGCCAGUUAAAAGGGAGAGUGGCGAUGUAAUUGACAUGGGGGCACUAGGAAAUGGUGACGGAAGCACAAAAGGACACAAACCCCAGCCUGCUGAUACGAGUCUGCUCUCUACCUCUUCUUUCCACUGCUCUGGCCAUUCUCCCUUUGCCUCUGUGAACUUCCUGUGUCUGGAGGGCGUGACAGAGCUUGAGUCCGGCACAGACUGGGACUGCUCCACAGAGAGACCCCACAGUGACAUUAUCAUGAGGGAGAUGUGGGAGACUUUGUGCGAGCUGGGUGCCUUCCUACAGCAGGUGAGUGUGGGCGGCACAGGCAAGACCAGAUGUGUGGACCAGGUUUUUGGUCUCAGUGAUGGACCCCCUCAAAAGCGAGGCAGCAGCAUCCAGAAGAGGGUUAGAGAGGUGGAAGCUAGGAUUCGCCAGGCAGGGCUGACCCCUCCGUCCCUACUGAAGCGAUCGGCCUCUCUGGCCAAACUGGGCUGUCUGGAGCUGCUUGCCAAUGACCUGAGUGAGUGGGAGAGUAGCUGCUCCUUUGUAGCUCCACUCUUAGCACACCCUCCACUCCAUGCAAUCGGUGACGAGUCCAAGAAGCAGCGGGUUCACGGUUCUGCUUCCUCAGCCGGCCAGCAGCCAGAUGUCCUCGGGAUUGGUGCUGAGAGGCUCUUUGUAGCUGGAGAAACCUCAUCAGGAGUCCCGCCACCAUCAAAUCAGUGUCCACAGAGAGGAAAACACUCUGGCCCGGAUUCUUUGCACUGGCUUGGGCUGACACUUACGACAGCAAGGCAGCAAUAUGGAAGGACUCACCCCCUGAGGCGACUUAAGAAAAGAACUGUUGGUACACUUUACCACACCAUGUAACCCUCACUGUGUGUGUGUGUGAGAAAGAAAAGGAUAAUGUGCACCUGUAAGAAAUGUAAAUUAAGUGGAUUUAUUCAGCAAAACAAACCAAUGCCUCUUGCCUUAAAGGAUAUAUAGUAGAUUCUCAUUUCUCCCCUGCAGAUCCACCAAGAGCCUCUGUGAAAUCUGUGACAUGAAAUGCUUGUCUUGGUGCAAGAACAGUGACAAGGCUGUGAAGGUUCCAGGUGUUUGAAAUUUAAGCAGUCAAAUUGGAAGAAACUCAUGUGAAAUGUUUUUUUUUCCUUCCAGAAACAAUCGUCCAGUCCUAAAACAAAUGUUUAUAUGCCUAAGCCUGGACAUACUCACUCUUUACGUCACUGCUGGUUUCUUCAUAAUGAACCUGAUAUUUCUUGGUUGAUUCAGUAGUCCAACCUGAUGUUGGGUGGAAUGUAGCCUGUGUUUUCCCUCUUCUCAUGCUUUCAUGUCUUUACCAUGAUUUGCUAGCUGUGUUGGGUACAAGUUGUACCCAACAGGUGUUCUUCUGGUACUGUCUGACCUGCAGAUUUGGUUUGAAAUGAUCAUAUAAAGAUAAACUUGAAUUCAUGUGGCAGAAAUACUUUUGUACUGAAAAAUCUAAAUGAUUCCAUGGGCUGUACUAUCAGCAGCUCAUCUAAACACACACAAGCUCAGGUCGAAUCACAGUUGCAACAGAUUAGUGUUUUAGGCCCAGUGAAAGAUGUAUCUGGAGCUGGGGAUGGGAACUCCAACUCAGAAUGGUUGCAUAGUUGUACAGUGGUUUAUUGAAACAAAGGAUGUGCUGGUUUUGUUUUAUAACUACACAAUACCUCAUUUCAACCAAAUUUGACAUGCACAAACAUCAGGCUCUGGUUUCCUAGAAUGUCCAUCUCAGUCAAACAAUUUCAACUUCACUACUUGAUAAGCUGAAGUAAACGUGUCUCAUGUCCUCUUGCAGUUCUGAUGCCACUCAGAUGAGAUGUUUUCAUAUGUGUAGGAGAACGGGUCAGUUAGGGGAUCCAAGGCUGAGUGUAUAUCUGAGUUUCCUGCUGUGCUCUCUUUGGGUUGUAAAGGUCUGUGUUGUGAGUCUUGCUGUUUUAGGAUCUACACACUUUUAUAUCUGGUUUGUGUGAGUACAACUGUGUAGCACAACUUUAUCGUGUGGGUGUGUGCAUUUUUUUUUUUAAUAUAAAGUGAUCAUUGUCUCUUUUGUACUUCAGGAGUGUGCCUGUGACUAGCAAUUGAAGCUUCUCUGCAGUCUAUCAGAAAUGUCUGUACAGGGAGGUCUACGUGCACUUUACUCCCUUUUUAGUUUUAAAUGUUUUUUGCGUGUGUGGUUGCUGCACUCGGUGAGCAUGAUUAGGUAGUAGCUGUUGGGCAUAUGUGUCAAACUGAUUUUUAUUUUGUUCUUUUAUUGUAAAAUGUCAGUGUAAAUAUUCUUUUAUAUCAUGUGCUUAAACUGUGACCAUUAAACAAUGCAAAUGAU